GAGUUUUCAGUUUUCAGAUAGACUCCUGUCGGUCUCAGAUCUCACAUCAUGUUCGUUAUUUGUCAGUUGUUGGUCUAAAAUUUUUUGUUUUACCGAUUCGAAAGAUUUCACCUUUAACCCGUUGAACAUUCCUCCGGCAAAAAGACCCUCAAAAUUCAAUGUUUGCUUGAAAUCGAGUUCCCGUUCUUAGAGUGUACUGGAGUAGAGGAGUCGCUGCUGCCGCAAGUCCGCCCGCAUCCGCUUCCGAUUCUGUUUCUGCGGCCGAAUCCGGAUCCCAGCUGCCUUUUCUGUCCCGACGCUCCCUGGAAUCCCUCGUGGAUUCCAAAUCUACGUUCACCUUGAAGCCGAAGACCCCGCCGAGUACACGGAAACUAUGUGACAUCUGCAUUUUGGGGACAGCGCCAGGGCCGGGUUUAACACUGGGCCGCAGGAGCAGCAGGAUCAGCCGAAGAUUGCAGCGACGUAGGACGACCCACGUCUUGAGGAGUCCCAGGAGCAGCAGCAGCCGAUCCACAGGCGCAGCCGAACCGACCAACCAUCCCGGCACCACCACCAUGGCCAUUCACGAGCAGAUCGACAACCUGAACAUCUGGUGGUUUCCGCGUGACUUUUGCCAGUCCCGGUUCGGUGAGUUCCAGCAGAGCGGCACCAACUCGUGCACCCUCAUCUCACUGAUACUGGCCGACAAGGUGGCCAAGGCGGAGAGGUUCUACCACCGGGUCUCCGAUCUGCCGAUGCGCGGAUGGGAGCUUUUCGGCAACGCCAUGAACGAUGGUAACAACGUCUACCAUAACGUGAUCACGGCGAAUACCCCCCAAGCUCGCAACCUCAACCUCAAUAUACCGGAUGCGAUCGCGGCUAUACGGUCGCAGCACAAGAUGAACUUCCGGCUGGAGGAGUGGUUCUACACACACAUGGAGGCCGACCCCACCAAUCCGAUGUACAACAGGAACGUGGCCGUCCAGCUGUCGAGGAUCUUUCAGAUCACGUUGCAGGUGUUCCAGCAGGCGGGCGGCCGGGAGCAGCCCUCGCACCUGUUUGCCGCCAUCAUCGCUGACAGUCGAACCGUAAUGGUCACCUUCGACUUCCGGGCCUCCAUCGUGGCCCUCUUCGACUCGCAUCAGCACGGGCGGGAUGCGGGGGCCGUGUUCGCCCAGUGCACGCUCCAGAACAUGGACGACCUGCUGUUCUGGUUCAUCAGCAUGCUGCACAACGUCUACUCCAGCCGGCCCUCCCUCUUCGAGAUCUCGUUCCUCAGCUCCCAGCCCGGAGUGGCCAAGAGGAUACCGCCAGCCAUCAAGAAGAUCGCCGGGGAGUUCAAGAAGUCGGCCAAAAUGAAUAUGCCCAAGUCAAUGAACUAGUUCAUCAUCCCAUCUAGUACACCCUCUAGGCUCGGGUUAAAGCUUCCUGCUCAUGUGAUGCUAAAUUCAUUGGACCUAUCAGGAUCAAAAAUUGUAAACUUUUAUAGCCAAAAUGCCUGUCAUUCGGCCGUCGAUUUCCACCAAAUUCCAAAUUCAACAUAGACCAUCAACCAAUAAAUAAUGAACAUAA